GAAAACAAAGGGGUGGGACAUAAAAGCCAUAGCCCUCAGCAGUUCUGGGCACUGAAGGACAGCGGUGACCAUGACUGCCCCUGGGAAAGCACAGGCGCAGGAGCAGGGCCCCCUGGACGAGGAACAGCUCAUAGACAGCAGACCCAGAAAUGCAAUGAACAGAUCUGGACACCGACAGGCUUCCGUAUUCAACAGCCUUGCAGGUUGUCACCUCCACCACCCCAUCCCCCUGGUCCUGAAGCUGCUCAUGCUCACGCUCUUCGCUGGGAUCUUGGUGGCCAUCCUUGCCCAAGUCUCAAAUAUCCCAAGCAGGCAGGAGUAUGAACAAGACCAGUCACAGCAGAAGCAGGUCUACCAGGAACUGGCCCAGAUGAAGGACAGAAUGAGCAACCUGUGCCGCCCCUGCUCCUGGGACUGGACGUUCUUCCAAGGAAAGUGCUACUUCUUCUCCAAGUCCCAGCGGAACUGGCACGACUCAGUGACCGCCUGCAAGGAGGCAGGGGCCCAACUGGUCAUCGUGGAGAGCGCCGAGGAGCAGAGCUUCUUACAGCAGACCUCAAAAAGUAAAGGCGUCACCUGGAUGGGGCUCUCAGACCUGAAUAAAGAAGGCACAUGGCACUGGGUUGAUGGCUCACCUCUGUCAAGCAGCUUGGGAAACUACUGGAAUACAGGAGAGCCCAACAAUAUCGGGGAGGAAGACUGUGCGGAGUUCAAGAACGAUGGCUGGAAUGACGGCAGAUGUGAAAAUAGCAACUUCUGGAUCUGCAAGAAGACUGCGACGUCUUGCUCCAACAACUGAUGCCCAGAAUCUCUGCCCACCCCCAGCAGCCCCAAUGCAGCUGCCAGGUGGCUCAGUUUUACCCUCAUUUACCCCAGCCCCUUCUCCUUGUCUGUUGGACUGGAGAGAGUAACAGUAGCUCUGCAAAUCUUUUCCAUCACACUCUUAUCUUCCACGGGGCUCAGGCACUGCCAUCCUUCCUCCUGUGCCAGAGAUCCCCUCUGGCUUGGUGGCCAUGGUUCUGGUCCAUUGAGAUGGCAUGGGAUACACUGAGGACUGGGGUGUGUUCCCCAAUCUACGCUGCCUUGAUAAGACCAGAAGGUUUGCAGCGCCGUGUGUAGCUGCUGACAUGUCCCUGUAUGGCUUUGCCUACCCGUCCCUGCCCUUCAGUCUGCUCCACCUCCAUUCACCCGACCUGCACCUCUCAGCCUGGGGACUGUCUCUGGUUGCUCUAGUUCAUCCUGCAGUCUAGGGGCAUUGUCGAAUUAAUCCCUCAGUUCGUCCAUGACUGUUGGAUUGCUGUACAGUACCCAGCUCCUUCCCUACUUGGUGAUUCUGUGGUGGACCCUGAGGUGGGUCUCCCACAUCUCUCUUCCAGAAGGGCGUCUUACCCCAGCUGCUAGGAGUCCUCUUGGAGGUAGCGGUCACGUGUCAGCCCAUUCCCACCUAGGCGCUGCUCCAGGUACCUGCUUCUGCAGUGUCAAACUCCAGGCUGAUACACCUCACAUGUGUGCAGGAUAAUGAAGAUCUGACCAUGCCGCCCCAACACGGGGCUUCUCUGAAGGACCGCUCAGAUUCCAGAGCUCCCCAUGGGGCCAGCUGUGGCUGGUAUCAGACCUCCUCUGCUGGGCUUGUCCCUCUGUCCUUUUCUGCUUUCUUCCUGGAGCAAAAUUAAAAUAAACAUUAGGCCUUAUCUGCAUUCCUUGGUGAUUUAGUUAUUCACAAUCAGGCCUACAGACAAGGUAUGAAUUUAUGCUGAUGAGAUGACACGUGUUACCAAAUGGACAAAAAAUCCUGGGUAGAAGAGCAAAAUUUUCUAUCCCAACCUCCUGUCUCCAGUAUAAAGAUUACCCUGUAUGAGAACUCUGAGCAAGGAGACUUGCUGAUUCCCAUGAUGGUGAACACACGGUGGUACUGGAGGUCCAAAUCCUUAGAGAUGGAUGGUGAGCGCACACAUCUGCGUGCUUCUUUUGCGUAUCUCUUCCACUUGGCUCCUUCUGAGUUGCCGCCUUUAUAAUAAACCACUAAAUAGAAACAA